UCCCCAUCUCGAGAGUUCCCACCGCUUGUUUCCUCUUUCUUCUGACUGCACCAUACCCUUUUCUUCAACGAGAUACCCAAAUCACCAAACUUGUCCUUUGUAUACCUGCCAGCGCAGUCCUUGAGACCUUUUCAUCCUCCCGUUACAGCAAGCAUUGAGUUCUCUGCUCCAUCCAAGUUUUCCGUCCUUCCUCGCCCCUGGGCUUCCAAUCCGACCUGAGAUUCUCCCAGCCUCAUAUUAAUUCCUCAACCCAACACUGCCUACCAACCAAAUCUCUCUCACACAAGUCAAGCCUGCGCUCCAGGCAACCUCUCAAUCCUCCAAGACCGACCACACUGCCAUCGCAGCGCCCUCCUCUCGCUCACACCCAUUGCAGCCUCAUAUCGCGGCCAUUCUCCCCUUCAUCUCUGGCUACAACAUCCCUCUCCAUCGCCGCUUCACCUUUGUUUACAGCCGCCUGGGAAAAAAAAGUCACUACACUUCCCCACCUUGGGCCAAUUAUGCCUGCAGUCGCCAAUCCCUCGCCCUACUGAUCCCCAAGACCCUAAAACAGUGCGUACGCAGCCAGCCAAGCGUAUGCCACUCAUGCAUUGCCAAGUUUGAGUCCCUCCAGCAUGGGCUUUACAAGUCGACGCCCACUAUUGCCUGCACCUACUGACUCCCUCCUGGGCUCGGCCGACGAAGCCGGUCUGGAAACUGACCUUGAUCAAGCCACCGACCUCUCCCAAAGACCUGAAAAGACCUGGGAGGAGAUUCCAACCGACGGAACCCCAAUUACCAUCACGACCGCCUCCAAGCAUAGACAACUGGGCAAGCUCUCCAAACCUGGCCAGCAAUCCCAAACCUCCCUGCUUAUAGAACUCUUCGAAGGGAGCAAGGUCUCGGACUCAGGCCGGAGACGGCCCAGCCUCCGAGUUCGCUACACCCCCUCGCACUCCCGCAAAGACAAAGGUAAAGAGAAAGACCAAAGUCAUAUCUUAGUCACCGAAUCAAAGUCGCCGAGACGACCUUCACAAACCCACCGCAUUGUUCUUGGUGGGAACGAGACCUUGAAAGAACACGUGGUCGACGAGAGCAUCUCAUCUCUCGACUCCGCUGGACUCAUCCGACCCCGAGCCCCUAUCGAGAUUGACGUUCAGCAAGGAGAACCAAGUGACUUAUCCUCGCUUAGUGCCUCUCCAGAACCCAGGUUCAUCAUCCCCGGUUCUGACAUCUCUUCUAUGCCCCCAGAGAGCAAUCUUGGACUACCACCGCCUAUCAUCAUGGCUCCUUCUGACCAAAGCGCCACCCUGGCCCGUUCCACUGUGGAUACUGCCGCUUUGAAACCUCCCAUCAUGCCCAGUGAUCGCAAUGUCAGUAAUGAGCGCAUCACCCAGAAAGUCAUCGAAAAGCUGAGUAACAAGCCAAGAGUCCACACCAGCACAACCAGCAAACGACAUCGUGGCAGUCAUAGCUCGAGCUAUACCAGUGGUGGCCAAGAUGUCGAAACCGGAGGACCUAGUGAACUACGAAGUCGCACCGUAAAGAAAAUCGACGACGAUUCCAUCCCCAGCGCCACUGGCUCGAGCUUACUCAGUGGCUCACAUCUUUCGGCCGGCGCGAGAGCUCAGGAACAACGCUCAGUCCGCUCAGGCACUUCGAAUGUCUCCCUCACAAACAAUCCAAAGUUGAUCCAGACGGUCGAGGACAUCGUUCGACGCUUGAUUCUUCCCGAGCUCAAAGACCUGAAAAGAGAUCAGACGCAUCACAGAUCUCGGCAUGACAAAUUGGCAGAUUACUCCGACUUGUCCAGCACUACGGUCUCCAAAGAGGAGAGGCCUCAUCGCAGAUCGUCCGGAAGCAAGACAAAAAGAAGGGUCAGCCGUGAGGUCGACGGUGGAAAACACGCAACAUCUCGACGACAUCGACAUCACGAGUACGAUUCUCCCUCAGAGCAAAGCUACGACCCCUCCGAAUCCUUGGACAGUGGCAGUUACCGCGAUGAAAAGAAACACCGAAAAUCUUCGAGAAGUCACCGUACCCGGGACAUCGCUGCCGGAGCCAUUGGUGGAGCUGCUUUGACAGCUGCUGCUCUCAAAUCUCAUGAUUCUGGCUCAAGCGUCGAUCAAUCUGAGAGACGACGGAGAAGACGAAGCAAAAGUCGCAGUAGUCGAAGCACAAGUUACGCUGAAAAGGAUGAUGCUUUCUCCAAACACAAAGUACCUGCGAUGCCAUUUGUCAGUGAGGUUGGCACGGAUCUGACCAGAAGUUCACUACAGUCGUCCCUCGACGGCGGCGCCGCUACUCCUACCCGGCGAGAGGUUCGCGAGGUGGUUCGGGGCUCUCCCCUUGCUCUGUCGUCACCAAGAACGCAUACGCCGACCAAACAUACAGUGGAUCUCAGACGCGGACUGGGUACUCAUCAUGGCAACUUUUCAGAGCACGAUCUGUCGGGUCACGACUUAUCAACCAGGAAUCAACUUGCCGAUGAUGUAGUCAGUGUGGAGUCUCGCGAAGCGGAAGACCCCGACUUUGCGACUCAUGGGUUCGCAGCCUUGACAGAUCCAGAAUUGGCACGAGCGUAUGAGAGAAAUCUGCACCAACAACAUCCUAUCAGACGUGGCCUUAGUCCAAUCCAGAGUGUUGCUAGCUAUGCUACCACAGAACCGAAUCGCAAUUCCACCAUGCGUGCACGCAGCACUGAAAGUCUAGGUUCGGUCAGACAACGUGAUGUCGCAGCCGAUCAAGAAUCAAUCUCAUCAUUUGCCUCCACGCCAAUUGCAGGGGAAGCUCGAUCCAUGCGUCCUCAUGGCAUCAGUCUGGAAAAUCGAAGCGAAAUCAUGGGACAGCACGGUGACGCUUUCGACAGUAGCCCUCAGCAACAACAGGACGAUGCUAUCUUUGACGAGCAACAUCUCGAGAACGAAAGCUAUCGACAUUCCCCUUAUGUUGACAAAGUCACCGCUGGACGCCAAGUCGCAAGAGCCUUGGGUGCCACAGCAGAGUAUAUUGACAAUCAAUCCGACGUCGAAUCCGCUGUUGCCUCGCUCAUUGAGCCUUCUGCAGUGGACCAAAGCAACCUUGAUUCACCACGUGUGAGUCACGCGAGCUCACCUGGUCGACGGGCGUUGGACAGUCCACAUCUGUCGUAUCGUGGCGGCGUCGACAGUCAACCCGGUAGUCCACUGAAACAGCAGCUUUCUCAUGGCGAUCAUGCCGCAAAUUUGUUCGUUCCUGUGGCGGGUAUCAUUGCUCAGCAAGCUUUGGCUCGACCAUCAUCAAGAGUGUCCCAAACUUCCAACCAGCGUUCAGCGAGGUCGAGUGGCAGUCAAGGACCCGUCGUCCAUGAUCCCACCAAUGCUGAGCUGUCACCCAACUCAGAGAUCACCACAAAUCCAUCCGUUAUUCAAGGUCCAAUUAGUGGUGUGCCCCCCGAUGAUACAUCACACUGGCCAUAUGAUCCAACUCCACCACGUUCGAGGGCAGAUCUUGCACUACCACCGGUCAGCCGAGAUAUUGGGUCCGCAGGCACUGACCUAGUGCCAGAAGCCUUGUCCUUUAAACACAACCAUGAUCUGGAUCCGAAACGAGACCUGCAUGUCAGAGCUCUCCCCAUCACCGCAUCGCCUGGUGCCAAAGAUGAGGGCUAUGAGACAGGUGCGAAUGCUCCUUCUCCGGGCCUCUAUCAACCCGCUGCUGCCCUCCACGACGAUAGAUUCACUCCCGACAUUCCUCUUCAGGAUCCAAUGCUUGGUGAUGACCCUUUCACAAUCACACCACGAGAUCAAUAUAUUAGUGGUACCUCACGAGGCUUGUCUCCUGGUUUCGACAGCGCCAUAGACCGAAAUCGCGAUCGCAUUCAAUCGAGAGAUAUUGUGAGAUUGAUGGAUCAUCUCACUAUCCGCGAUGCGCAGAGAAACGCUCGAGAUACUGAGAUUCUGGUCACUCUCGUUCGCAGCGCUGCAGAGAUGCGCAAUUCGUUUGAGGACGUCAAGAAAUUCAUUGCCGAGCAAGAUGAACUGCUCAUGGACAAUGCUGCGAGUCAACAUGACAAGCUCCAGAGACUUGUGGGAGGUCCACGGCCUCAACCUGGUUUCGCAGGUCCUCCAGCACGCUCGGCCAAUUCAGAAGACGAUCUCCCGGCCAAACGUCGAAACGUCUUUCAGAGAGCCCUACGUGGUUUGGGGAAUAAGAACACACAAGAACUCCAAAACAUCGAAGCGAUGCUUCUCCGUCUGCUCCACGAGAUGGAAGGACUGCGCGGGGCACAAUCAGGCAGUAUGCCAACAGUUGGCGCGAGACAGACUAGUCUAAUGUCAGCUGACAAUACUCGGGCUCCCACCGACACUGGUUAUGAGCCAGAUGGACAAGCAGGAACGUCAUCUACGGGAGAUCGCUCUGGAUUCUUCUCCAACAACUCCUCUCGUCAAGCGGAUUACCGCAACUACAAUCACCAUCGUGAGUCUGGCAAUCGUGUGAGCACAGUCAUGGAGGACAACGAAGAGUAUGAUGAAUAUGAUGACCAUCUAGGGGCUCCAGUCGCUGGCAAUAUCCAAGUCAAUCAGCCACCACAUGGAACACCUCCGCGGACAGAUCCGCACGUUAGAGGAGCUUCGGUGCCAUUGCAAACACCUCCUCGAACAAUUGAUCAAGCUGCUGGCUCACUGAGUCAGGACAAUACACCUCAUUUGUCGCAGGGAGAAGGGUCGGGGAAGAAGCACAAAUCAUUCGCACCUCCUUUUUUUUCCAAGAUGGUCUCAAGAUGGUCCAAAACGACCGCCUCGUCCGCUGAGAACUUUCGUGCAAGUCAGCAACGACAUCGACCAUAUUCAGAGAUGUCUCGCUCAGGAUCCAACUUGGGUGAAUAUGACUACGACCAUGACCCUGAGGGAGAUGACCGACUCCGAUCGAAUACAUCAUUCAACCAUGAUCAGUACGGUGACGAUGAUCAUCGCCCACCAUCACCAUUGAUCCCCAGCCAUGUUUCCGAUAACCCAAAGUAUCAGGCUCAUCGAAACAGCGUCAAUCUCCAACAUCCCCAACCCAGACAAGGACCGACCGGCCGAUAUCAGUCUCGACUCGAGUCCGAAGCUCAAUACUAUCACGAUCAACUCUCUCCCGCAUCACAAACUUCAUCGCAGUGGGAGAACGGCCCAGGCAUGCAUAGUAGCGGUCAUGGAAUGACAGGCUACGAUGGCCCGAUGGGCUCCACAUCCGACGCUCCUUAUUCAGCGGAGCCUAUGCAUCACCAUGACAAUCAAAGUAUCAGAUCUGGUGCCUCCCAAGGUCCGCCACGUCCGCCGAAGAUUCUCGAUGGGGAGCCACUUGUGCCUCAGCGUCCACCCAAGGUGCUAAUGAGCCCCCAACCCUCGGGCAGUGCCAACAGACAGCCAACCUACGUCGACCACGUAACAGCGGCCAGGGCUGGGAGCCCCGCAUUUGACAAGUCACCGGUGGCAGCUCUGCGUUCACCACAGAGCCAGGGACGUAAACCAUCAGGUCCAAGACCUUUGGUUGGGGCCAGGGCAGACCCAAGUGCGGUCAAGAGAACACGAUUUAGGGGAAGCCCCAAUCAAAUCGACAGUGACGAUGAGACCACUGCUGCCUAUUGAGGCAAGAUCAUGAUUGUAAUGGGUUACGCUUUUUGUUUAUAUACCCAGGCGAGCAGAGAAUUGGAAGCAGCACUACUGGUUGGUGACUGACUCCCUUUCAUUGGAUGAUCAGACAGUCGAAUUACAGGGAACUAAUACAGCGAAAUUGGGAAACAUAACAAUGGGCAUGUGAGAUGGAAAAAUGGAUUUGGGGCUUACCCAAUGAAUGCCACGUCCAACAGCUGAGCAUUGCGGGAUGUGCUUAAACAUGUGGUCAAUCUAAUGCCGCAUAUUGAAGGUCACAAUUGGGAAUUUCGUGACCAUCUUCCCGGGUUCCAGGUGUGAGCAUUCGAGGCUGGCCCUCAGUUUCACCUCAAAAAGGGGCAGGCAUGUUGAUAAGACAGACGGAUUAAGAUUCCCGUCAGGGCAGAUCGCUAAUACCAUAUUAAGGUGCUGGUGCUCCUUCAAUGAGAUCUCAUCCAAACUCCUA